UUAUUUUUGCGCAGUAUUAGAGAAGAGGAACUGUGCCAUUGUACAAGUUAGAUUGUUAAAUUCUCCAAUAAUCUCUUCUUUUCUUUUUAUAAACAAAUCCAUGUCCUUGUUUUGCUUUUGAUUGUUCUUUACCAUUUUCUCCUUCUUAGCUGAUAUGGGCCUGGGAUUGUGAUGAUUUCAGCUCCUUUUUUUGUUUAAGAUUCUUGAUUUCAGUAGUGAUAAAGAGCUUUAUUAUUAGAAGAUUGCAUUUUUUGUACUAUUAUUUCUUUAAUGAUGGUGAUGGCUUUAGUGGUGAAGGAGGAGGUUUCGUUUUUGACCAGACAAAGGGAUCAAAUAAAGCAAACGACAAUGAAAAGUAAAAGAAUGGGGAAGAAAAUAUGUCCCCUUUGAUUGGCAUUGUGGCUUCUUGUUUUACUGGGUGUGGUUUUUGUCUGCUUCAAGGCUAGUUCUCUUGUAAAUUAGCUCUCUCUCUCUCUCUCUCUCUCUCUUGGAAAGAAAAAGAAAAAGAAAAAGGGUCCUUGUUAGAUUCUUUAGCAUCUCCAAAAGGGUGUUUGAAGAAAGCCAAUGUAUCAACCUUCUAGUCGAAAAGAAGCUGACAUGAGGCUUGAUAGCCAAGUUCUAGAUCUAGAAACGGCUGUAAAAGAUGGGAUUUUGGGAGGAAAUUGUCGGGUGAUAUCCACUGGUUUUGGUUUAAAGAAAUUGGAUCUGAAGUUAAUGGCCGAAGAGCUUGAGUCCAUUGAUGUGCCUACGGUUUUCAUAUGUCCAAUUUCUUUGGAGCCAAUGCGAGACCCUGUGACCCUUUGCACUGGUCAAACCUACGAGAGAUCCAACAUUGUUAAAUGGUUCUCAUUAGGCCAUUACACAUGUCCCACCACAAUGCAAGAGCUUUGGGAUGAUUCGGUGACUCCAAAUAAAACCCUUCAGCAGCUAAUUUAUAGUUGGUUUUCACAGAAGUAUUUGGCUAUGAAGAAGAGGCCAGAGGAUGUGCAAGGAAGGGUCAAAGAGGUUUUGGAGAAUUUGAAGAAAGUUAAGGGUCAAGCUAGAGUUCAAGCACUUAAAGAGCUUAGGCAAGUGGUUCAAGCUCAUGGGACAGCUUUGAAGACUGUAGUGGAAAAUGGAGGCAUUGCUUUCAUUUUAUCUUUGCUUGGUCCUUUUACAACUCAUGCUGUUGGCUCAGAGGUGAUUGGUAUUCUUGUGAACUUGAAUCUUGAUUUAAAUUCCAAGUCUGAUUUGUUGCAACCUGCUAAAAUAUCUUUGAUAGUUGAUAUUUUAAAUGAAGGGUCGAUUGAGACCAAGAUUAACUGUACUAGGUUGAUUGGAAUGUUGAUGGAAGGGAAUGAUUUUGCAUCCCAAAAUGUUGCAAGUUUGAGUCUUUUAGUUGGUUUGUUGAGGUUAGUGAAAGAUAAAAAGCACCAAAGUGGGGUUUUAUCUGGACUCAUUUUACUCAAAACAGUUUGUUCUAAUGAAUCAGUUAGGAACUCUUUUGUCAAUGUUGGGGCAGUCCCUCAAUUGGUUGAAUUGAUGCCUGGUUUGAACAAUGAAUGUUUGGAAUUAGUCCUUUGUAUAUUGGAACUUUUGUCAAGUAUUCCAGAAGGAAGAUUGGCUUUAAAAGAUUGUCCAAAUACCAUACCAAAUGUGGUGAAAUUAUUGAUGAAAGCUUCUGAAAACUGUACUCAGCUUGCAUUGUCAAUACUUUGGUCCAUAUGCAAGUUUGCACCAGAGGAAUGCGCUUCACUUGCUGUUGAUGCUGGUCUAGCUGCAAAGCUCCUUCUAGUUAUACAGAGUGGUUAUGAUCCCGUGUUGAAGCAACGGUCGGCCGAGUUAUUGAAACUGUGUAGCCUAAAUUACACUGAUAACAUCUUUAUUUCCAAGUGUAAGCUUACACGAACUAUUGAAUGAACUUUCUGGUUUGGUUCCCUUGUCCAAUAUAACAAAUGGGGUUGAUGAGCAACCAGCUUUGGAGAACUUGGAUUUGGGUCAUUCAGGGUUUCUGAGGUACCCUUUACUCUCUUGUCCAUACUAAACUCUUUUUUUUUUUUUUUCAUAUCAAGUAGUAGCUAAACUGAAAGUUGUGUAGUUAUCAAUCUGCUGUUUAUAAGCUCAACUUUCUGUCUAUAAUUUCCAAUAAUUCCCAGCAAGGUUGUGAUUCAAUCUGUUUGUGCCAUUGGUUGCUUUGUUGCUCAAUCCACAGGAGAGAACUCCAACCGCAAACUCUUAUAAUGAGCUUAGUGGGGGAGUUGAUAAGCUAUGUUACUCUGACUUUAUUUUUCUUGAAAAACCCAUAUCCGACACUCAUGUCUGAUACAUAUUUUGCGCAUAGCAAAUGUCUUGACACUUUUGUUUUCACGAUUCACCGUGAUUCACAAGCGAUGCACACUCGCCCCUUUGCCAUAGAAAAGGAAGGUUUGAUCAUUUGAGUAGGCUUAAUAUCUCACUUGACAACUCGAGCUUCAUUAUCCAUUUACUUGAUUGACCAUUUGAGAAAGUACCACAGAUGCCCGGUUCGACCAUUUGAGCAAGCUUAAUGUCACAUACUUGAAUUAUCAUUAGUCAUUGUUGAUUGAAAUCAAAACCCAAUAUUUAGAUUGCUUAAGGCCACACGAAGCAGACAAUACCUAUCUUUCUUCUCAAAGGACAAAACCAUGAGAAUAAUUCACCUCAGAAGCAAUUAUAGAAUAAACAAUACGAUAAUUCUUGCAUCAUCAUCAUUAUCUUCUCCAUCUGCAUGAGUGCAACUGAAAGAAGGUUUUUACUCCUUUUCUUACUAUGAAAGGGGAAACAUGAGCACCUUGGGUUUUCAGUUCAAAUCGCACUCGUCAAUUUAAAAUUGUUUUUAUGUUAAUGUUGGAUAGUUAUAAGUUUCUGCUUGAUUGAGCUAGGUUCAAUAUUGUUACCUUCAGUUAAUCUAAAGAAUUUACAGUUCACUGUAUAUUGAAAUUAUAAGCUU